CAUUAAGUCAACAACCACCAGGCCAUCGCCGUUCUCCUGGACCAUGUCGACCUCAAAAGCAAAAUCAAAAGUCCAACCAUUGAGCGAUCAGGAAAUACAGCAGACUUACUCCCGUCUGCAAAAUGAGCUUCAAAGCCUUGCUGGGAAGAUAGGCGAGCUGGAGCAAGAAGCAGAAGAGCACGGACUUGUACUUUCCACUUUGAAUGAAGCACUUCAAGUGGAACCAGGUCGGAAGUGCUUCCGCUUGAUCGGCGGUGUGCUAGUUGAGCGUACAGUCAAGGAUGUAGUUCCCGCUCUCCAAACAAAUCGCGAAGGCAUCAAAAAAGUUAUCGCCAAUCUUACUGAGCAAUAUACAACGAAGGAACGCGACUUUGAGACUUUUAAACGCGAUUAUAAUGUUCGUCCAAUCAGCAAGGCGUAAUUCUGUGACGCUGGUGUUUGGAUUCUACCCAAUCACGCAGUAAGCAGCGAGGUGACCCCACCAUAAACAUGUUCAGCAAAAUUGAAGACCCAGAUGCAUAUUGUUCAAGCUGUCGGUUUGGACUAAGUUCUAACUGUCGGGCUCGAACUUUUGGUCCGCAACACAUCUUGCAAAACACGAGAACUAUAGCUGACGGCAGCGUUGUCUCGUAGUGCCUAUGGGCAUGGUUUGACACUGCGAUUUCGUCUUGUAAUUUAUAUUGCAUCGUCUUUGUGAAUCAAGAUUGAGGAAUACAA